UGUGUGUGUGUGUGUGAUGUUAAAAAUAUGAUGACUACAUGUGAUACCAGGUGGAAGGGUCUACAGUAGUGUGGUGACAUAGUAGCUCCCUAACAGCAGGUGUGUAAGAGGUUACUCCAGGACAGUCCUCAGAGCACAGCGGCAUGCAAAUGGAAUUCGUUUCGGAGCUGAUUUAUUUAUCAAAACUGACUGUACAUUGCGAGAUAGGGAAUUCAUUUUACACUGAGGAAAACUUAAUUAGGCCGCAAACACAACGGAAAAACUGUAGUAGCGCAGUAUGUUGUGUGUGUGUGUGUGUGUGUGUGUGUGUGUGUGCGUAUAUGCGUAAUCCUUUGCAGAGAGCAUGUAUUUUUCCUCGUCGUUCUGGCUUCAUGUGAGACAGCCCAGACAAGGGGACUUCCUUUAUGCUUACUCCUCCAGGGCUACUGCAGAAGGGAGGAGAGGAGAAGAGGAGGCAAGAGGAGAGGGCAGAAGAGCAAGGGACAAACACAGGACAUGGAGGUACAGACUACAGCAAGGUACAGCAGUAAAGGAGACAAUUCCAGAUGGUUCCAUAUGAAGACUUCAGCAGCAGCAAGGAGAUCCAGUGACUAGACGGAUUUAUAUCAUAACACAAAAUAUAAAAAGAACAAUUUUUAGAACAAUGGACUUCUUGAAACUGAAGACCAAAUAAAAACAAGCCCAAGCCCAUCCAGUGGUAGUAGCACGUAGGAGUCAAAGAGUGAAAGAUCAUGAAGUCUAACCAGGAGCGUAGUAAUGAGUGCCUGCCUCCAAAGAAGAGAGAGAUCCUGGCACUGGAAGAGCGGCAGGUCCUGGUUGCAUCAACUGUGAAUGAGAGUCAAAGUGGUGAGAACCUGGCAUGGCUUGCUAGUGUAGCCAGCAUGGCCAGCAUGGCCACUGUUCCCAACCUAGUUCCCUCACAGAGCAACAGUACUGAAGCUUGCAGCCCAACACCAUCGACCAAAGCCCUGACUAUAGUGACAGAGUACCCACUUUCCACCUCUGCCUGCAACAGCUCCUUGUCAUAUACAAGCUCCACACCUGCAGGAGGUCUCUCUGGAACAACCACAAUAACAGCCAACCCAGCUGUCCUCUCCUCCAAUCUUCCUCAAGCAACAGGACCCAUCCAGCCCACCCAGCUGCCACCUAAUUUACAAAUCAUUGGACCUUACACCAGUUAUAUCUCCUCCCAGAUAGUGCCAGCUGCAGCAAGUCCGACCCAGUCACGUAGACCUACCCAGGAGGUUUAUGCUACCGCAGCUGUCAUCCCACAAGCUUCUAAUGGAAACCCACAGAAGCAGCAUGUGAUUUCAUCCUUACCUAAUGUAGCUCACACCACCAGCCAGUGCAUUCAGGUAGAGGGCACCCCAGUUGGCUUGCCAGUGAUUUCCCCAACUUCACAAGUACCCUUUCAACUUCACACUCAUUCAACUGUUCUUGCCCCUCAUGGCCUGACUCUUGCUCCCUCUCAGGUGCUUGUGCAUUAUGCUGAUGGCCUCAUCACAAAACAACCUGACUUCCAAAGCAGAGACCUGCAGAAUGGUGCUCUGGGAGAGGUCACAGUGGUCAAACACACCACCAGCAUUGUGAAGGGAAUGUCUAACAAAACAGAAAGUGAUGAUGGCCAAAGACAGAUUCAGAACCUAGGUCUCCCAGCCCAAACUCAGGUCUUGCUCCCUGCUGACUAUGCUGCUCAUGACAGUGCAGGACUUCAAACAUCAGUCAUGCUGGUGUCAAGCAACCACCUAAUGGCCAAUAAUAGCACUGAGUUUCAGAGCACCCAGGAUAAAGAGCACACAUCUCUUGCUCGAGUUGAGAGAACAAGACUAUCUGUGGGGAAACCAGUCUCUAGAGUUUCCUCCCUUUCUCUCCCAUCAUCAGACAGCAUGGCAGCAUCUCUUGCUCCAACACUCUCCCCUCACACAGUCCUGCAUACGUCUCCAGCUGCCCCUACCCAGGAACUUACUACAAACCUUUUCUCAAGCACACAGCUGCCUAUUAUCGGAUACAUUACUAGUACAUCUGGGGCACCCCAGCAGGCUGUGGCCAGUUACCAUAGCAACCUCCCACAGCAUCUAGUGAUCUCAGGCAGUCCCUCCCUCCUUAUUCCUGUGAGCGCUGGCAACAUGAACACGUCAUCUACUGAGUCAGAGGUUACGCGCUGCUCCAUCCCCACCAUUUCUGCUACCACUGUACAGACUGUAGCAACAGGUCUGCCUCAGGCCUACAUCACCGCAGCCACACCUACUGUUACAACCUCCAUCCUCCCUAAUGGCAAAGAGGUCAUGGGGCCUGAAGAACAUCAUGCUGCAGUGGGAGUACCGAGUUCCACACAGGUGCAACUUCCCGUGCUUUCAGCAGGGGUAGUAGCACCUCCAGUUCCUGUGCUCCCUCCAACACCCACAGGCCCACAGAAUGCACCCGUAUCACCCUCAUCAGCCCUGCCUUCAUACUUCAUGAAGGGCUCUAUCAUCCAGCUGGCAGAUGGAGAGCUUAAGCGGGUGGAGGACCUAAGGACAGAGGACUUCCUACAGAGUGCAGAAGUGAGCAAAGAACUCAAAAUUGAUUCGAGCACAGUUGAACGGAUAGACUCCAGCAGAACGCCUGAUGCAGUUAUCAUACAGUUCUCAGUCGGGGAACACAAAGUACAGGUAUGUGUGGAAGUGCUGGUAGAGUAUCCUUUCUUCGUGUUUGGUCAGGGAUGGUCAUCCUGCUGCCCAGACCGCACUACCCAGUUACUGGCUCUGUCAUGUGCCAAACUCUCUGUUGGUGAUGUCUGCAUCUCCCUCACCCUAAAGAGCCUGAGGAACGGUGCAUUAAGAAAAGACCAACCCUUUGGUCCUGUGAAGAACCAUAAUAGCACUCACCAUAAAGCAGCUAAAACCAGUGGACAGAUUGGAGAGCCACAGGCUCAGAGAGAGGAUCAGAGGGAUGGGAACAUUUUUGUAUUAGAAGGGGAGCAAAAGUUUGAAGGUCUUGGGCUAAAGACUUCGAACUCUGGUAAUGGUGUGAUCAUCUCAAAGAAUGGAGAGGGGAAAGCUCAUGGUGCAGGGAGUCGCAAGAGGAGGUGGUCUGCCCCAGAGCGAGGAGAGAUCGGGAGGUCACAGGAGAAUGACCACCCUGAAGAAACUCUGCCUAAACUUUCCUUCCUUUCACAGGAGGUAAAGGUCAGCAUUGAAGGAAGGUCCAGUAUGGGCACCUGAGGUACCUUGUGAGUAAUCAAAAAGGAGGAUGUCCUUGAUUUUCUAGGCAAAGGAUCUUCUAAACCAAGGAUCUUUGUGGUUUGUUCAGUUACUUGUCGUGUUGGCUGGUGACAACUGUUCCAAAACCAUGCGCGUUCUUCACUGGGCAAACAAUAUGCAGCAGUACAAGAAUAACAGGAUUAUUAUGGUUAUCUUCUCAUGGCUUAUUUUGGUUACUGUAACAGGAUUUGUCCGACAGUAUUUACAGGAUAUGUUUUUGUAAUAAAACAAACAAAUAAUUUCUGGCAUUUCUCCUGAGGCGUACACAUAAAUAUGCGGGGUACUUAUUUUUGUAGUUAAUUCUGCCAUUAUCUGUUUUUGGCACUUUGUCUACAUUCAUGUAAAUUGUAGCAUAAUUGUAUUUCAGUCAUAAUCAGUGAGUCGAACACAUAAAGACCAGUAGGCUGGAGAGAUUGGUCAAUAGUUUGACUUGCUGCGACAAAUUUUCCCCCAUAAAUAUUACUUAAAGGCACAUUGUUAAGAUCCGCUAUAUAAUUUAUGAAGAUAAUCGAUGUCGGUUAUGACAAAUAACACGAUAUAAUUAGAAUGAAAAACGACCGUUAAAAAAAAGAGAUAUAAAAUUCUCAAUUAACACUGACCAUUCUGUCCGUUACUGAUUGAGCAGGAUCGAUUAGGAGUCCUACGUGUGAUUUCACGUGACGAUAUUACGUUUCAGAUGAGAGAAUUUUGUUAACCAAACAUGGUCCAGUUCUUGGGACAAAAACUGGAAAAACGCUGAAUGUCGAGGAUUAAACAUAUUUUUUACCAAUAUUUUAAUUAAAUACACCAGAAUUUAAUUAGUCAAAACGUUCUAGAUAUGCAAUAUUAUGAUGAUUCACAUACCUCAAACGUGACACAAGGCUGUUUCAGGUUCUUUUCAGAAUCUGGGAUCUUUAAAACCACGUCCAAAAACCAUGUUCAUGUUCAUUGUUCAUGUUCAUACAGUGGAUAUGUGCAGGUGAAUUCUCACUCAGCCUUUGAAUAUUAGCACUUUACGGAAGGCAAUGGAUGAUUAAAUCCCUCACCUCUGCUUUGUUGCCUAAGCAACAGCCAUUUGCACAAUGUCAAUUUUAGAAUAAUGUUAGCUGUCCUGUAUGUUUUAACCCCAUUUAAAACAAAUUACAACCAUCACAUUGAUGCAUUUAAAAAAAACAAAAAA